GAGGUCAAAGGUCAAGGUGGAUAGGCGAAUACAGUUAACAUAUAGUUGAACUGACACAGCCACAAGAUAUGCAAGGUUAACUUUGUGUGAGAAGCAACCAAUCAACAGACUGUAUUUUCCACUAACAUUGACCUACAAUAAUGUACAUAAAAAUCUAUAAAUACGUGUUGAUUUUUCGUAAUAAACGAUCUGUUGCCUGGUCCUUGUCUUCUGUUGUUACAUUUGGUGUCGCUGCCUACCGACGAAUGGAAAGCCUAUGCCCUGCAGUUUUUGAUGGAGACAUAUGGAUCUUCGGGCAGGACUUCGAGGCUUCUUCGCAGUUGAGUGGCGUUCAAGAUCUGUCAGCGAUGAGGCUGCUACUUGGGACGCUGCUGGGAGGUCGGGAGAAAGCAGCAUAUGGAAGUGUGAGGCGAAAUACCUACGAAUGUGCGACAGGGUCAGGCAAACAGUUUCCAAAGUGGGAAGGACCAUAUAUGGUCACGUUGAGAUGGGGUUAUGCAGACACAAUCGCAAUGGCAAACACAGAGAAGCAAGUGAACAUCCGCAAGCGCCGAGAUUUCAGACAGCAAGACAAAAGAGAAAAGCCCCAAGAACCAAGAAGACCGAACCAACUUCAGUCCAAACUAUUUGACGGGGGGACGAGUGUGGUGAAAGAUGGUCGCUAGCCAAAUUGGUUUACAGUAAUUGAGGUCAAAGGUCAAGGUGGACAGGCGAAUACAGUUAACAUAUAGUUGAACUGACACAGCCACAAGAUAUGCAAGGUUAACUUUGUGUGAGAAGCAACCAAUCAACAGACUGUAUUUUCCACUAACAUUGACCUACAAUAAUGUACAUAAAAAUCUAUA